AUGGCGUUGGUCUCGUCAUUCCAAUCUCCUCCCUAUGGCACACAGUACUCUGGAUAUUACCGGCCGCCUCCAUCGCCCCCCAUGGACGAGCCAAAGUGCUCACUGCCCUCCAUCUCCAACCUGCUGGGCCUAGCCGACGCGGGCUCACUGGCGAGCGAAGCGUCAUUCAAAUCUCAGCACAGCUCUCCCAGACCUUAUGUCAAGACUGAGAGCCGCCCAGCUUCACGACACAGGGCACUGCCACCCACACCGCCCAUGUCCACAGAUGCCUCGUUUGACAUUCGACGCUCUCCAUCAAGCAAGCCUAGCAGCAUCUCCCACGCUCCUCACAGCCACUAUUACGAGACAACCCCCCCCGUAGAGGCCCACGAUGCACACCGGCAUCGAAUGGCCGCCUCUCGGCCUACCAUCUCAACCUCGGUUGCCCAGCAGCCUUCAAUGGCAUCUGCCCAGUCGCCCGUCGGCAGCUACUAUCCCGUACAGAACCUGCCACCACCUUCUCCUGCUGGUCUUCAGUAUCAGCGUGCGCUGCCCCAGUCAUUCCCACCGCCGCCUAGCCCCCUCAGCGUAACACCGUCUGGCGGCUAUGUCUGGCAACACCACCACUAUCUCAACCCGUCCAACGGGAUCCCGUUCCCUCCCACCCAAGAUCGAUACAUCUGCCAAACUUGUAAUAAGGCCUUUAGCCGGCCCAGCAGCCUGCGCAUCCACAGCCACUCGCACACUGGCGAGAAGCCCUUCAAGUGCCCUCACACCGGAUGCGGCAAGGCCUUUAGUGUUCGAAGCAACAUGAAGCGACACGAGCGAGGCUGCCACGGCUUUGACGUAGGCAAGGGGCCUAUUCUUCUCUCCUAA